AUGCUCAGCCAACUGUCCAGGGCUUCGCGCGCCACCUCGGCCGUCGCCGCCGUCGCUCGGUCUGCCAGGGCCGUCCAGGUCCGGACCUUCAUUGCUCCCACCGUCUCCCGGCGAGCCGACUUCGUCCAGGAGCUGUACCUGAAGGAGCUCAAGGCCUACAAGGUCCCCCCCGUCAAGGAGUCCGACGCCGAGGGCCAGGUCCAGACCUUUGCCAUGCCCAAGACCCCCGCCUCCCCCGAGGAGACCGACCUCGCCGGCAACCUGAAGGAGUAUGAGAGCAUGGCCGUCGAGAUCGAGGGCCAGGACGCCUCCGCCCAGGCUGGCAACGCCGCCCCCGCCCUCCAGGACUGGCUCGAGGCCGAGGAGGAGGAGCCCCAGGGCCACUAA